AUGUUUAUUUGGCAGAGAAAGAGUAUUUUACUAGGGAGGUCCAUUCUGGGCAGCGGCCGAGUUACCGUUGCUGGAAUCAUUGGAAGCAGCAGAAAGAGAUAUACGUCUUCUUCCUCCUCCUCCUCCUCCCCUUCCUCGAAAGAAUCAGCACCUGUGUUUACGUCGAAAGAGUUGGAAGUUGCAAGAAAGGAAAGAUUGGAUGGACUGGGACCGUUCGUGUCUCGGCUGCCUAAGAAAUGGAUACCGUAUGCGGAGCUGAUGAGGCUAGAGAAACCCGUGGGCACGUGGCUGUUAUAUUUGCCCUGCAGUUGGUCUAUACUUAUGGGAGCCAUGAUGCAAGGUGCUACAUUGAGCGCAACAGCUGGUAUGUUGGGUAUUUUCGGUGUAGGUGCAUUGGUAAUGAGAGGUGCUGGCUGCACCAUCAACGAUUUUUUGGAUAGAAAGUUGGAUCAAAGAGUUAUCAGGUCCGUCGAGAGGCCUAUCGCCUCUGGUAGAGUGAGCCCCCGUCGGGCGUUAGUAUUCUUGGGGGCUCAAACUCUUGUUGGAAUGGGCGUUCUAUCUUUGCUUCCUGCGCAGUGUUGGUGGCUAGGCCUUGCAUCGUUACCUAUUGUGUUCACAUACCCUUUGUUUAAGCGGUUUACGUACUAUCCUCAAGCUGCAUUAAGUGCAUGUUUCAAUUGGGGAGCGUUACUUGGGUUUCCUGCCAUGGGUGUAAUGAGCUGGCCUACAAUGAUACCUUUGUACCUGAGCAGUUACUUGUGGUGUAUGACUUACGAUACUAUAUACGCACACCAGGAUAAAAAGUUUGACAUCAAGGCUGGAAUCAAGUCUACCGCUUUGGCUUGGGGUCCACGCACAAAGUCUAUCAUGAAGGCCAUGUCCGCGUCUCAAAUCGCACUGUUAGCUGUCGCCGGCUUGAACAGUGGGUUGUUAUGGGGGCCUGGGUUCAUUGGUGGACUAGGAGUCUUCGCUUAUAGACUCUUCAGCAUGAUAAAGAAAGUGGAUCUUGACAAUCCUAAAAACUGCUGGAAGUAUUUUAAUGCAAAUAUCAACACCGGACUUUACUUUACGUACGCCUUGGCAGUCGACUACAUCUUGAGACUGUUUGGAUUCUUGUAG